AUGUUGAUGCUUCCUAUUGCGAUUAUUUUCCCUGAUUUGUCUAUUAGCCGGCCUGAAAAUCAGAAGAAGAACCCAACGGUGGUUUUCAGGAAGGCAUCUGAACACCCGGCCGAAGCUCUUAAACCUGAUGCGGACAGUACGGAAAAGAUUCAGUGGCGAAACUCGCGGAGGGGAGACAGGAACAGUUUUCCGACUGCUCAGAGCAAUUCACAUAACCGACGUAGUCUCAAUGAAUUCCCAAAAAGAACCAGCCGUGUGCCGGACAGUCCACCCCCGGAUCCGAAAUUCAAUUUUUUGGCUGAUCCUUCGAGAACCGGUCCCCUGAACCCGAAGAAGAACAGUCGACGACCUCGCUACAAUUCGUCUGAUGACCGAAACUCAUCAGGCAAAAAACAGGGUUACGAUGGAGAGAAGAAGGCAAAUUUUGAUAAACGCCAUUCUUUCAACAAGAAAGACCUUGAGUUGACUAUGACAGGUCGAGAGCGGCUGAAUUAUUUGCGAUGGAAGGAAGAACGGGAAAAGAUCGACGCAGACCGUCUCUCCCGACAGCACACCGCCGACGGUCAGUGGCAGCGGGAGUGGGACGCGCGUAAAGUUUCGAUGGCUGAAGGAAUCAUUGAGUCAGCAGUUGUCAAAUUCCCUGAAAACGAAAACCGCCGUUCAGCACGGAAAGAUAUGGUGCGAUUCAGGCCAGGUGCAAACGUUAACGGGACAAGGCGUUCGAUGCAUAUAUUAGAUGGUGAGAGUGAAGCUCCGUUCGAUCCAGCCACGCAUAAGGAUAAUAUGGGAGCUGUUGACACUGUGCGCUUUUCUUUUCGCGAGAUCGAACUGGGAUCAAAAAAGCAACCAGCUGAUUUGGUGACAAGAGGACCGGAAGUGAACAUCCAUGUGAAGAAGAACACCAGGCAAAUGAAGAGUAAACAGGGAAACAACGGCAGCCCAGACGGGUUUCGGAAAGCCCAAUCAGCGGCGGACGUCAGCAAGCCGCUGAAAAAGCGCGUUUCGCAGAAGAAUGGUGCAAAUUUGUCGAACAGACGGGUAACGAUUUGCGAGACGGUCACCGAGAUUGAGCUGUCUAACGACGAAGCUGCUAACGACGCCGCUGUCGAAAAACAGGAGAAGAGCGAGAACAACUGGAAAGACGUUGAAGGCGAGGAAGCCGAUAAUGGCUCCAAUAAAAAAUCUAACGGAUUUGUGGCAUCCCUUCCCCAAAACGUCCCAACCGUUCGGUUCAGGGGUAGUUCUGCUGACCGCACGAUCAGUGGUGAACAGACCACCUCUUCUAAACAGAUACCGGAAGCCGCUGCGGUGGCUCUGCAGUCGGUCGAAGAGAUCGAGCAGAACAUGAUUAAUUUGAUGAACAAGAACAUUGAAGAGGUUGAAGCAGUGCUUGAUACCAACGAUGUGAUCGAUAAGGUUUCCUGCUGCGAUACAAUUCUUAAUGAGACUCCUUUAGUAGUGGAGCAGACAGUUGCUGACUGUCUAAGCGACCUGCUGUCUUGCAUAGAUCUGAACUUAUGA